UCAUUCUAGAAUAAUCCUCAAAGAAAUAGAAAGACAAAAACUGAGUUGUCAAAUACAACGCACAAAAAGAUUUGUUUCUUGUUUUUUCAAAGUUCUUGCCUUUAAGGCACUUCAACUUCCUUUUUCAAUCCCCCAUUGUUUUUUCCUUCAUUUUUCUACCAAGAAUUUCCAACCCCAUAAUAAAUUCUUCAGAUUUUUCUGAGGCAUUACAUUUUCUGUGGUAAAUAAACGAUUCUAAUUUUUAAGAUAUGUCAGAUCCAAAUGAUCAAAAGGCAACAGUUGGUGCACCAAUACCAACUGCACCUCCGGCCGCCGGAGAUACGGAGAGCCAGACGCCGGCAGCCGGAACCGGUGUGGGACACAUCAUCAGGAAAUGGAAAAGAGAAGAUUUGCUGAAGAGGGGUUCUUUGGGUUUGCGUUGUAUUGCUUUACUUUUCUCAUUACUUGCGUUCAUUAUCAUGGCUAGCAAUAAACAUGGUGAUUGGAAAGAUUUUGAUAGAUAUGAAGAAUAUAGGUAUGUGCUAGCCAUAGCAAUUCUGUCCACAUUGUAUACAGGGUUGCAAGUUAUGAGACAAGUGCAUGAACUUUCAACUAGCAAGGAAGCCUUUUCGCGGCAGAAUUUAGCUUUGCUAGAAUUUUUUGGUGAUCAGUUGAUGGCAUACUUAUUACUAUCAUCCGCAUCAUCUGCUGUGCCACUGACAAAUAAGAUGAGAGAAAACAAUGACAACAUAUUCACAGAUUCUUCAGCUUCAGCAAUUAGCAUGGAGUUCAUUGCAUUUCUAGCUCUGGCAGUUUCAGCUAUGAUUGCUGGAUAUAAACUUUCAAAUCAAACCUACAUCUGAUAAGAUAAUCGAACAUACUUUCUUAUUGAAUUUUUUUGUGUCUCUAGAAUUCCUUCAUUUAUUAUCAAAACCACCACAUUCGACCCUUGUAUAUGCGCGUCAAAGUAAGAAAGACAUUCUCUGUUUGUCUUGAAACCUGUAUGUAAGAAAUCACAGUACAAAUUCAUUUGUUUGUAAAGACUUUCGUUCAUUAAACCAGUGAUCUUCUUGCA